GGUCGCCGCCGCGUCGCCGCGUCGCCACGUGGGCACCGUGGGCACCGGGACCAGCACGUCCCCGUCAACAUCAACACGCGGAACGCGAGCACCGCGAGACGAGGCGUGGGAAACGGAACGAGCGGACGGACAUCCGGAAGAGAAAUGUACUGGACUGUACAUCUGGAAGGUGGACCUCGACGUGUCAACCAUGCAGCUGCUCCUGUGGAUGACCUCAUCUAUUCAUUUGGAGGAUAUAACACUGCUGAAAAUUACUAUGAGUAUCGAGCAAUGGAUGUCCAUGUGUUAAGUACAGGCAACCUUCGAUGGCAUAAACUUCCAAGCCCCAGUUAUCAUGGUUUUCAACACGAAAAAUGCAUACCAUUUCAACGUUAUGGGCACACAGCUGUCUCACAUGGGAAAUAUGUCUAUGUGUGGGGGGGAAGAAAUGAGCAAGCUGCAUGCAAUCAAAUAUUUGUUUUUGACACAGAAACUCUUACAUGGAGCCGCCCCAAAGCUACUGGAAUGGUACCAGCAGCUAGAGAUGGCCACACAGCGUGUAUAAUUAAUAACCGCAUGUAUGUGUUCGGUGGUUACGAAGAGGGAAUAGAAAGAUUCUCAAAUGAUGUUUAUUAUCUUGAUUUAGCUACAAUGAAGUGGCACUAUGUGAUGGCCUCUGGAGAAGUUGCUAAGUUCCGAGAUUUUCAUUCAGCUUCAGCUAUUGGAUCUUGCAUGUAUGUCUUUGGAGGGAGAGGAGAUUUAAAUGGUCCUUAUGGAUCUCACAAUGAAGAGUACUGUUCUGAUAUAAUCUAUUUUGAUGCUGAGUCAAAUCGGUGGUAUAAGCCAGCAACUACUGGUGAAAGACCAAAAGGGAGACGGAGCCACUCUUCUUUUAUUGUAAAUGGUAUGCUGUACAUUUUUGGUGGCUUCAAUGGACUCACAGAAGAACACUUCAAUGAUCUUCAUUGCUUUAAUCCAAAUACUUGUGAAUGGAAACAAGUCAUACCUCAUGGGAAGCCACCAGUUCGCCGACGGAGACAGUCCUGUAUCCCAAUUGGGAACAAAGUGUAUAUAUUUGGUGGCACUAGCCCUUGGCUUGAGGUUCUUGGUGAAGUCCAUAGUGAUGAAGCUGAAGAGGUUCAGUUCGUAGAGCAGAACCCUUUUGAUGUCGAGGAUAAUCAAGACAAUGUCAAUCAUAAUGGAAAUUUGGAAGAAGAAAAUGAAGAUGAUAUUAAUAUUAACCUGAUAGAUGAGGGCCUAUUUCAUGGCCAUGCCCUUAUCCCUUUAGGUCAUGACAUUAUCCCUUUAGGCCAUGAUGUUCAAAAUCAGGAGGAAGAAGAAAAUCCAGAUGACAUGGAGAGUGAUGAUGAAUCUUUAUUUGAUGAGGGCAUGGAUGCUAAACUUAUGGACCUUAAUGACCUACAUGUUCUAGACUUAUUACCAUCACUGUACACAUUAUGCCUUAAGACUAUCUGUGAACAUAGAAUAGACCCGUCGGGAUUACCAGAAAUCAUAAGGAAGGAGUUUCAUUUUCAUACUACCCCAAAUUCCAUAAGUCAGUAAACCCAUCCAGCCCACAUGCAUUUCAAUGCAGCACCUCCAAACUGCGCCGCCCUGCAACACACGAAUAGACUACUUGUUUAGAUCCAUGCGUUUCCAGAACAGUCUCAUCAAACGAGUUCUGUUCCAUGUUACUCCAAACAAUCUCAGUCCUACUCCUUUGCCAGAAAUACCACCUGUAUAAAAGCGAUCACAUUCCAUCAUACUUGGCAUGCAUUGAUUCAUACUAUAUUCUUUUAAUUUGUUCAUUGUUCACAAGUCAUCCUAUAAAUAUGUAUGUAGAAUUUUUGUUUGUUUUAAAGUAGAUGUAAAAACAUUUUGGCAUACAUUGCCAGAUUUCUUACCAAAUAAGUAUACCUUUGUCCUUUUUGAUAUCUGCAUUGUAGAGAUUGUUUUCUAAAUUCAGGAUAAAGGUUAAUAAUUCACUCAGUGUGAUGGGCUCUGUGCUCAAGUCAGAAGAAAAAUACUCUAAUCUUGCUGUGUUUUCUCAAUUGUAGAAUGCACCUGCAUUUAAGACAAGGAGGAGAGUGACAGUGGGAGGAGACCAUCCUCAUGGUUCACACAUGAAAAGGCUGUUUUUAAUGACCAAAAGACACAGUUAACUUAAGGUUCUCUAUGAUAAGGCAAUGGGUGCAUUUUAUAAUUGGGAAAAUACCUUGAUGAAGUUUAAUUGUUGUAUUCAUAUUGUAAAAAUUACAUGAGGUCUUGGUCGACCUUCUGUUGUACUAACAUUAUUAUUGAUUUUAUUUAUACUAUUCUUGAGAAUAGGUGUUAUGGUUUGUUUUUGUACAAAUAACUAUUUAUUUUGUUGUUUCUGUUGUUUUAUGCCCACAAAUGUUAAAGCCUUCCAGCCUCCCAAUAUAAUGGUUGUGUAUAAAUUAAAUGCCACUUUUACGUCUCCUCUAAAAUAGCAUGUGGGUAUUAUUUCCUGGCUUCACAAGUUGAUUUUGAUUUGAUGUUUGCUUGGGUAUAUGAUGGGAAGCUGGGCUUUCCAUCAUUUCCCAAUGCAAAACUAUUUUUUUCCACUUCAUGAAAUGUCCUUUAUUAUGUAGGUUUCUGUGCUAGAAAAAUUGUGUACAUCAAUAUUGGCCCUAACCAAGCAAUUGGCAGGUCACAGAGCACAUGGUGUUGAGAAAUAUUUUAGUGCAAGUCAGGAAGAGGCUGGUGAUUUAUUUGGCUCAUCUUCUUCCCAUGGUGGACAUCUUUAUGAUUAAUAUUUGCUUCUUCAGUUAGUGCUAUUUUGUUUAAUACAGUAACCAGAGUCUAAAAUACUAGGCAAGUUGUUAAAAGUUGCGGUGUCCAUAAUUGUACUUAAGGUCUUGACUGUUUGGUCAUAACCUUUUGAUUCUUUUUCAAGUGAUGUCUACAGUUUUAUUUGCGCAGAAACAAAUGUGAUGGUUUACAGUUUAACAUUGUCUAAUAUUCUGUAAAUGAGUGAUAAGUGCUUAAUUAAAUUGCUGGUCCUGUUGUAUGUUUUGAAAUAUAGACGAUACAAACGUAA